CACAUGUCUGUCAAACAAAAUCACGGGUACACAGGUACGUCACGUACACACAUGGAUAAACACACUCGACACGCCACUCGUCUGUCUGUCUAUCGUCGUGCGGCCCGGAGGUAGGCCACCAUCGUGUCGGCGUCGGACACCUCGUAAGGAUCGUCGGGAGCGUUGUCUUGGAAGCCUGCACACAUUCACACACACACACACACACACACGAGAAGGAGAGAGAGAUCUGUGCAGUGACCGGUGCCCCCUGCUCUCAAGUCGGUUAACCGCUCUGACUGACCUGGUUCGACGAACAGUUUUUCGAUGACGCCGUCGUUGACGACCAUUGCGUACCGCCAUGACCGCUUGCCGAAGCCCAGGUUGUCCUUGUCCACCAGCAUGCCCAUGCCCUCAGUGAACUUGCCGCUCCCGUCAGGAAUCAGCUUGAUCGCGCCAAUCUGAUUCACCACCCAUCCAACCAACGGACACACAGCAACAUCCAUCCAUCCAUCCACGCAUCGUUCCACUUAGGCCUCUCACGUUUUGCGCCUUCUUCCAGGCGUUCAUGACGAAUGCGUCGUUGACAGAGAGGCAGUAGACCUCGUCGACGCCCAGGCCCUUGAUCUCCUGGUACAGCUCCUCAUAGCGCGGCAAGUGGGCAGACGAGCACGUGGGCGUGAAGGCGCCCGGCAGGCUGAAGAUCACCACGCGCUUGCCGCGGAACACCUGCAUCACAUCACAUCACAUCACAUGACCCACGGUCAGUCAAGUCGAGACACAAAUGCGCCAUUCUCAUCCCGCCAGCAUAGGUCUCUCACUCCCGUGAUGCCCCUGCCUGUCAGCCAGCCAGCGCACCGCAUCGAAGGUCAUCUCAGACCAGAUGUAGGGGUUGGGCUUGCCGUCGGCAGUCGUGUAGGUGGACCCCAUGUACUGGCGGAUGGGCCAUGACACCUGCGGCACCAUGGAGCCCUCCCGCAGCUGGGCCAUCUGCAGCUGCGUCAUGCCGCGCAUCGGGGGAGUCAUCUGACGCAGUGACAGCCGCGAUGAGGGGACGACAAAGGCCGAGGCGGCGACGGCCAGCGCCAGGGCAACGAGCAUGGACAGAGCGGACUUCAUUGUCAG